AUGGUCACUGUCAUCCAAUCCGAAGACGAGUUCAAAACCGCAAUCGCCGCACAACACUUGGUCGUAGUCGACUUCUUCGCCGUCUGGUGCGGGCCUUGCAAGAUGAUUGCCCCAAUGCUGGAGAAGUUCUCCAACGACUACUCGUCCGCCAAGUUCUACAAGGUGGACGUCGACCAGUUGCCUUCGGUGGCUGCGUCCAACGAGGUGACGUCGAUGCCAACCUUGUUGUUCUUCAAGAGCGGCGAGUUGGUCGGCAAGGUCAUUGGCGCCAACCCGGCUGCCAUCAAGCAGACGCUC